ACGGGCUAAAAGCAGUGAAGGCACACAACAGCCUGAUAAAUUACCAAUCACUGCCGCACUUUUUCCAUCCUCACACAUACAACAAAAUCAGAAGAUGUCAGACAAACCCUUCUCAAGUCUCUUACCAGCUUCUAAACCUCAUUUGUACGAUGCAAUAAUCCAUGACAACUCACAGGCAGACAGUGGCAUGUUUUCAUCGGGAAGUUAUCUAAGCAUGAAUGGUGAUGUGGAUAAACAUGGGGUGUUGUCGCGUGACCAGUCCAGUCUUGAUUUUUAUCCACUCCGCGCAUAUAUUGAAGGCGACUCACCUAAGGUCAGUGUUGAGUCCCUCUGAAACAUGUUUAAGUUUUUACUCUGGCUAUUUACUUUCGGCAGAACCUGUCUAUUGUUUUACGUUGCGGUUCACAAGUCUGAAGCUAUAGUCGUAGAUGAGAUCCUAGACCAUGACAUUACAUCAAAUAAUGAGCAGUACUUUCCUCAUGGUUGCCUCAGGAAAUGUUCAGGGGGAAAUAAAAUUCUUCAAAAUCAGGGAAAAUUCAGGGAAUUUUAUUUGUGCUGUGGAUUACAUGUAUGUCACUUUACAAGAUGGAUGUUACCUUUCAGUUUUUAAGUGUCAUCAUGAAUAAUCAUUUGACUGAAUAUGUGGUACAAAUUCUUUCCACAGGCAUCAGAGGAUGCCAAGGAAAGCAGUCUUUUGGAGCAAACCCUGGAGCCUGAUAACACAUUACUUUCUGUGUUUCCACAUGAGACUCAAGAUGAGACAUUCAAGAUGAAAGAUUAUGUUCCUGCACAUUAAAAAGUUGCAUGAAAGGAUAUUUUUUAUGUCAUCUCUUGCAUCAACACCAAUAAAAUUAGUUUUUCUUUUUUUAUGAGAAUACCAGUUGUAUUAGUGCUUUAAUUUAUCCACCCCUGAGCAUGGUUUAACUUAUUAGAGCAUAAAAGCAAUACAAAACAGUUUAAAAAAUGAAAAAAGUAAAUUAUACUAAUACUAUUAUAAUUACAUGUAUAUAAGAUGAAAAGAGUUAGAACCUUGGUGCAAAACUCAGAAAAUUUCCUUAACACAGGUAUCUUGGUGACAAAAUUUUGAAAACAACUGAAGGUCAUGGAAAAUUUGGAAAGGAUGUGGAAAAACUCAUGGAACUAAAAAAAAAAAACUAAAAAAAGAGUACAGUUCCUAACGGCCAAAGGUGCAAUAUAAGUAUUAGAGAGAUUAAUCAUCAUUUUUACGGCAAACAGCAAAUGUGAAUUUGUACCAUGUGACCAAGUUUUCCAUUUACUUUUUGUUUACUGUUCAUUAUAACUACACGAAAAUCGGUAGAUUCACGCCAUUUCUAUCCAUCAAAAUAAUGUUUUAAGCUGUUUUUAUCUGCUCAUUUCUAAUUUUGAAAAUUUCUCAACUUGAAUCUCAUGUUUUCCAUUUGCUAUAACCACGAUGCUUAGUCUCUCUAUUAAUGCAAUAUUGUGCAUCCUGGGAAAUCAAUACUGUUGACAUAAGGAUAGAGGUUCUUGUUGUUAGCCAACAGACUUACAAAGUCAAACUAGUGUUCAAGUAAAUAAUUAUGUAUAUUUGAGCUGCCAAGAUGGAUACCAGUACCUCACAAAUGCCAAGAGCUUUUGAUUUUGCUUUCUGUAUACCCCUAACAUGUAGUAAUUUAUUUCAGGCUUUUUUUUGGGCUAUACAUUCAACCCAUCUUGUGAUGUUAUUAAAGUAAUAAUUUAAAUUGGUUUGUUAUUAACAGACCUGUCACAAUGCCAGCCGCCCAGGAUAUCACAGAGAAACUUGAGGAGCAGGAGUCCCGUCAAGCUGAGCUAAACCACUAUGUUAAAAUGGUAUUACCAGAUUUCUUUGCUUACCACUCAGCAACCAAGAAUUCACUGAGUUUAUCUUUUCACCCAGAUCCCACUCUGUCCAAGAUUUGAUGAAAAAGAACUAGAUCUAAGCAGUUAGUUAGAGCAUUUGCCCUAAGUAAAAAUGAUCACAUGUCAAUCCCCGACAUCCCCAACAGUAAAAAAUGUACUUUUCAAAUGUUGGUAAUGAUCGCUAACCAUUGCAGAAAUCUGGGAUGUGUCUUGAAAAUAGAAACCCUCCGAAUUCCCCUAAUUUUUCAUUAGUAGGCAAAAUAUGGGAUGGUCAGGAUACACUAAAAUCGCUGAUCGUCUAGGAUUUUCCUGACAUAUAAAAACCAGGCUUAAGUUACAUUUCAUUAAGCUGUUUAAAAAGUAAGUUUAAUUCUUUUUGCAUAAUGAUAAUAAAACUUUUUAAUAUUUGUGCCUGCAGCUUCUACAGAGGUCACCUGGAGAUCAACAUUAUGAGGUAUGGUAAUCACCUAGAAAUACAUUUUAUUAAUUUCAUUCAUAAAAAUAAUGACACUGAACUGUGCAACUUCCAGAUAUACUAAAUUUGGAAUCAAAUAAAAAAGGUGCAGCUGGUAGUCCUGUAUUCUACAGUGCAUAAGAAGUCGAAAUGUGUAUCAAAGUGACAGAUCUUUUACACCAAUGUUAGGUUGACACUGUUUCUGUCAUAUGAAGAAGCUUUCAUGUACUGCAGAAUAGUAAUUCUCUGUUAUUUUUCCUGUAGGAAAAAAGUCACAUGGCUGGAAAUGGUCUCAUGUUAAUUCCAUCAACUGUAGAACCAAAUGGUUUGUCUAUUUUUUGUUUUAUUGCUGAAGAGAGCCAGCUUAUUGCAUCAUAAUAAAUCAGCUCUCAGAACCCACUGCUAGAUUUAUUAAAAGAAUAUGAUCAGAACUUCUACUUUCUGGUUUAAGUGUUGUGUACUUAAUUCAGUAAAAGGGUGGAACAGAGACAAUUUUUCCAUAGGCUGCAUCAGCAUAAGUUUAACUGAUUAGUGAAACCAAUGAACAUGUUAAAAGUUGUGAGAAAUGUUGUGGCAAACAAAUAGUUUACUUACACUCAUCACAAUUAAAUAUUAAUAGAGACAUGUACAGCUCCAACAAUGUAGAAUAGAUAGCUUCUAGUUUGAGAGUCAAGGACACUUGUUAAGUCUUACAGCUAUCUUCACACUUAGUAUGAUGGUGAAGGGUGACAGUUUAUUUUGUUUUAAUUCUUUAAGUUAGACCCUUUGUGAUUUGAAAUCAUCUCCUCUCCACGUACCCUUGACUUGCCUGCAAGUUGACGUUUGUAAAUGACUUUAAGUCACAAUAAGUCAACUUGUGAACAAAGGAUCAAGUUUCCUCAAAGAGAUGUUCUCCAACAUAAUGUCCUCUGAUUGGAGGUUAAUGCUACCACACACCUAACAGACCACUGCCCCAAAAUCAGGUCGCUAAAAAAUGGCGAGAAAAUUAUGUUUUGCCUUGACUGACUGAUGACCCAAACAAAAUGGACUUUCAGGAAGUCUACAUGUACCAGUUGAAUACUGUAAGAGCUAAUUUCAGUCUUGUGAUAAUAAUGUCCUUUUUCAAUCUUUCUUUAAUCAAAAGGAGAUAGCCACACCUCAUCAGGGGUGAUAUCUCCAAUUCACUUUGAUCGUCAACUUGAGGAGCAUGCAUCAGACUCUCUGUACCCUUCAGCUACAACCUUAAGUGGUGUUACAUCAACAAAUCAACCCUAUCAGGUAUGCUGAUCGAAUUUCUACUCUUAUUAAAAGGACAUUUGUGCAAAACUCGUCUAGCAUGGCCGGUUUUCUUUUAGGAUGAACUUUCACUACAGUUAUGCACCUAUCAAUGUAAAUCCCGUGGGGGGGGAGUGCGGGCAAGGGGAGGGGAUUUGAUGCCUGAGACUAUCCCCAUGUCGGGCUUUUGAUCGUGAAGCGACCCCGGGGUCGGGACAUUUGACUUUGACCGAUAGAAGCCCGGUAUCAAUUCAGAAGCAGUUACCAGGUCCGUCCCUCGCGGCUUUCUGAAAGUCACGCUGUUGGAGAAAGGUUCGAAGUUUUCAUUUGUUUUAAUCGCCAUAAUCCGAUACUUUACACUGUCAUCUAAACAGAUAAUGUCUAUUUUGAGAAAGUUUUUAUCUUCAAGUUCCCGUCUGAUUGUAAACCUCGAUUGAAAUCGAAUUUUACCAUGAAAGUCAGAGGAUUUUUUACGGGUCACUGAUCCGGCCUGUUCCCACAUGUUGAGCAGAUGUUAUAAAGCAUUUUACGUUUCAUUAAUAUGAUAGCAUGGUCAAUCUUCCUAGAGCGAUUAUGUUGUUCAAAAUAAGAGAUGCUAGUGGAGAGAGAAAAUACUUAAGGUGCAUUAGUGAAUGAGUAACUUGCCGAGACUGUUAACAGUCCACUAUUUUUCUAUAAGAUUGUCAAGAUUGAGCACUUACUGGUGUAAUUGGCAGACUGAUCUUGCUUUCAAUGUAGGAAGGGGGUGGGUGUCGGCCCCUAGGUAGAUUUGAUGCUCUUCCCUGGGUUACACUAAUAUUGAAUCCAAGAUGGCAGAAAGUACUUAAUCUAAUCAACUUUACCGAAAAAAAAUAGGGGAUAUAACAUGUAAGCGGUCUUCUCAUAGCAUUUAACUAUGAGAUAUGGUGUCUGAGAUAUGUCUGCCAGACUAAUACUUAUAAUAAAUGUUAUUUCUAAAAUGACGCCCCUCAAUACUGGAUUUAGCUCCAAUGUCUGUUAGUUAGAAAAAAAAAAUUUAUCCUUUUACUUUUGCAGGAUUCCAGACACAAAAUAAAUCCCACACAAGCUGCUUUUACAAAAACAACGGUGACAAAUGGUGCAUUCCAUGGUCCGGUGCAAACUAGGAGAGAAGUCGGUUUCGCCAGUCAGGUAAAGUCCAAGCAUCAAGUGGUACCCCCAAGAUAGGGUCUGUUGCGUUUCGCUGCCAACAUAAUAUCAAGGGUGCAAUACAAUUCUGUAUUAUUUUGAUUUUAACCAUUUUCUCUUUCUUUGGAGAAACAUUGUAUGCAAAAAGCUUUUGUUUUAUCUUCAGUAUUAUACUUUUGCUUGAGCAUCAUGCAUAGUUCUGGCAUAAUUUUCAUAAUUAUUUUUCAGCUCACUCAGAUUUUGUAUAAUUUAGAAUACGCGCAGUUUCGUUGCAAAGUUUUGAACAUUUUGUUAUAAUUUUUAAAGUCAGCAAGAGUAUGGACAAUGGAGAAUUGUUAUCUGGUUGUUGUUUAAAUUUGAAAUUAGAAGAACCCUUCUUCUCCCAAACCAGAGAAGAACUACUCACACCACCAUUAUGUUAUUUCCAUGGUCAAGAUGCACUCGCAGACCAUACAGUAGCUCAACAAAAUGAUUACUCAAGAAAUUGCUCAGCCAUUGUAAAAUUCCUGCUAUACAACCUCUUUAAAAAAUCAGUUUUUGUUUCUUUCAACAGCUCCCAUCACAACCACCUCAUUCAAGACUGACCCAAGUUGCACCUCACACACCACCCCGGAGGGAAAGGGACACUGAUGACCACCCCCCGUCCUCUGGUGCUCUGACUCCUCAGCAAGUGGGUCAACUGUCUCGCAUGCUGGGUCUAUUCUCUGGACCUGGUCAGCCACAGUUCAGUGCUGAACAACUCUAUGCUUAUCUAAAAGGAGUACAAGACAAGUAAGAAUACUUGAAUUAUCCUUUUAAGCACCAUUGGUUGUUCAGGGCAAUUCAAAAGUUUGUGAAAGUUCACAUCAGGGGGAUACUCAAAACUUUUUUUACAUGUUCCUCCCUGGGGUCUAACUCUUUACCCUUUUAUAUACCUUUUUGGGCAGAAAAGUUAGUACCCCUUUUGUAUGCCUACAAUGGUAUUGACAAUAUUGGUACCCCUUUCACAUACCUAGUUUAGAACUCUGAGGCCCUUGUAACUGCUGCAAAUGCACCAUCCUUCAAAUAUGAAUAAAUCACAAAACCAGAACGAUUUCUCAACUUUUCCACAGCUAUAGAAUGCAUGUUAGCCCUUUUUAUCCUUUUUAUGACCAAAAUGACAGAUUUCCCCACCCUUUUAUAAACUUCAACCAGUGAAAUCUCUACCCUUUCAUUUACCUGAUGCCCUAAAAAGGUAUCCCUUUGUGCAGGGCCUUCCCAUAUAGGUCAUCAUAGGGAGUACCCCCACCCUGGGGGUUUAUACAUGAAGUUUUAUCACAUGCCAUCAAAUCUUGAAAGAGCAUCAUAAAACUGCUAAGUGGUGGUGGGGGGGAGGGCACGUUCAAGUAGACAGGAAAAACAGUAGAUACCUACCCUUCCCCAGUCCUUGAAAUUUUAUGCAGCCUUCCUUCUUUGUGUGGGCAAGUUUAUCAUUAGGUUGAUUUAGCAACAGAAUGGGAAAGUCAGUUGAUGACGGCACAUGCAAAUUAAAAAACUGGCUUGACCAAUUGCAGGGCAACAAAUUGGGCUCUGGAAGUCACAUUCAGUCCUUUCCAUGCGCUUUCUCAUGGUCAACUGACGUUCCCAUUCUGUUGCUAAAUCAGCCUAAUAUUUUGUUCCAAGUGGCUGCCAAACUAACUUGAUCAGAAGUUUUGAGAGCAGUCUUCACUGGGACUGUGAACAAGACAAAAUGACCCAGCCCAAGGGUUCUAUGCUUUGGUUCUUUGUUCAGAAAUUAGUAUUGAUAAUGAGUUGCUUGUUUCUUAUCUAUUGUCAGACAAGUAACAGAGCAGACUUCAUGGUCAGGACCACACCCUGUCAGCACUGAGGGCCACAGUACACAGGAACAGCGAGUGUCAGGGCCUGGACCCAAGAGUGAAAGGACCUCUCCUCCCCAGGCCUCCCACAGGCAACAAAUGGGAGCAGCCAAUAAGGCUAAGAGAAGUCUGGAUACAAACUUUCACAAGAGACAGGUAGAGAAUAUUCUCCAAGGCCAAAUAAUAUGGUGUGAGGUCUAAAUUAGAAUUCAAUGCUUCCAAACCUUUUGUUGUCAUUAAUUUGUAGUUACAGUGAAACCCUGCCUAGACUACGAGUAGUCCCCCAUAUUUCCUCAGGGAUAGUAGAGCGAGCGAAACAUGAGCGCGCGUAAAAAAUCACCCUAUGUGAGAAAAGGUGACAUGCGGUGGGGAGAGAGAAAAAUGAGGGACCCUCAUUCUUCUCUCUCCGCGCCAUGUGUAGCCUUUUCUCUCAUGGGGUGAUUUUCAGGCGUGCUUGCGUUUUGCUCGCUCUACUAUCCCUGAAGAAAAAUGGGGGACUACUCGUAGUCUAAACCCUGCCAUAACAAAGACCCUGUUAUAACGAAAAAUAUCUGAAAGCCCUGCAGAAUUACAGUAAAAUAUGUGGAAACAAACCCCGCUAUAGCGAAUAGAUUUUGACAGUCCUAACACACAAUUUACCCCACUGUAACAAAUAUUUUGUCUGGUUGCUUGCAACAGUCAGUAAAGACGACAGAUAGUUUCCUUUAAUAUAUUGAAAGUGUCUUGAAAAUUGAUGUCGUGAUUGUCAGUGCUUUACACUUAACAGUAUCAAAAUGAACAAAUAUAAUGUUUUCUACGUGCAGUAUUGAAUUUUUGGUAAUUGUUAUUUAUUAACUUACCCCAAUUUAACGAAUAUUUUUGCUAUUAACCAGAUAAUUCUUUAUAAUGGGGUCUUCGCUAUAACUAAGACCCCACUAUAAUGAACAAUUAUUUUUUCAGUACCAUACUGUACCUCUCUAAGUCAUCCCAAACAAACAACUUUAAUUAUUACUGGCCCACCACAUCUUUAGAAAUGAGAAGGGAAUUGGAGCAGAAAUGCAUCCUGCAAUCUAUUUUUUUCUGGGAUUGUUAGUGGAGAUGUGCCGCUCAGCUAUUGGCCAAUUUUUUCCUUGUCCCUAGUAACAAUCCCAGAAGCCUUUGCAAAAGUUCACUUGGCCCAGUUUCCUUUUCUAAGUGGUGAACACAACAGAUCAAUUUAGGUUUCUGAGAAACUGCCCACCUACUCCUCCCCUCAGCCAACAUUUUGCCCUAAGUGAGAAGUAAGAGUCAAUGUUAGCUUAGGGGAGGGGUAGGUGGGCAGUUCUCAGAAACCUAAAUAAUUGAUCCAACACAACUGAUUUAAACCCUUUGAUUUUCCACAUAAAUGGACCUUUUCCUACUUUUGAAAUUUUGUUCAUUUAACACAUUCUACUGUCUUCUCUGUGGUUCAGCCAUAAUACUUAUUAGAAGCGUGACUUUUACCCGGGGGUGGGGGAUACUUGAGUUAAUUUUUGCUGGGCAUGUGCCACUGGCCUCUCGGAGCCCCUACCCCAUUAUAGUCCAUUCUGUGCCAAUAAUUAUAGACUCCAUCUUAGCCACUUUUGGGCAAAUGUGUAAUUUUUGUGAUCCCAAUUUAGUCACUUCUCAUUAUUUUGUUUAUCUACCUUAUAUUGAAUGAAGAACACUUUACUUUUCACCUACAAUACAAACAUUCUGGUACAUUUGCUAACAAUAAAUAAUUAUGAAGAAUUGUCUUACCCCAAAAUUCCAAAAAUGUGCAACCCCAUUCUAGUAACUCUAUUAAAAAUGCGACCCCAUUAUAGUCAAUCCAGUCGUGAAAAUGCGACCCCAUCCAGCGGCACAUCCCCAUUAGCCUCUUAUAAGGAAGUUCCACCCCCCCAGACUUUUACCACAUUAAAAGGAAAACAGAGGUUUUUGUCAUAUGUGCAAGGUACUGCACCUUUUUGAUGGACAGCAGUAAAUGUACUUGUUUUUUCUCAACAGGCUCAAGCACCUCAUACAGGGGGCCCCUCCAUUACAGGUCACCCCAUCCCCCCACCAGGAGGCCAACCUACAAAGUCUACUGACAAAUCUAACAAGCAGCAACCUAGACAAAUUGCAAGUCACUUUGGACCACCACUCAGAUACCAAGGGGGUCCCCCAGGGGUGCAGGAUGGGGCUAAGCCUUCAGCAAAAACAGGCCAACAAGGUAAAGAAAACAAGAAGCCUCUGCCAGCUGGAAAACAGGCAAAGACUAAUGCUUGGAGAUAGUUUCCACAAAGAUGUGUUUGCUAUUUGUUGUAUAUAUUUUUUAGGGAGAAAUGCAAACUAGAUCUGUUAUUUUAUUUGCCAAUAAAACAUCUGGAAAGG